GCUAGUUUUCCCAUCUUUUUCCAACUGGAUACCUGGAAAAUGCACCAAACACGGGGUUAACGGUAAUCCCCCACUCCGGGAUCUGUACAAGUGGAGGAGUAACUCGGAGAAGUAAAAAAGAGAAAAAUAAAAAGAGACACAAAGCGAAGGCAUAGAUGACCGCUUGUAGCGGUUCAGUCUGGUCAGCACCAAUGGCCCCACAACUUUAAAUUUAUUUUCCGUCGAAUAAUUUCGGGAACUGCAGCUGUCAAGAUUUGAUAAAUCUUGCAGUAAAGAUGGAACCUGAAGAGGAGAUUUUCCAAAUGCAAACCCUCCGGAACGAGAGCCCAAGUCUGUACAAGAUCCUCCUAGACAGCCUCCAGGCGAACCACUACGCAGUCUUCAAGAGCCUCCUGAAGAAGGGCCUGGAGAAGCGCCCACCAAGUAUCACAAUAGAUUAUACAUACCCAUACCCCAUAAACAAGACUCUUCUCGAUAUAGCCUGCAGCGAAGGUCGUCCAGCUUUCGUCCAACUGCUCCUCGACCUCGGCGCAUCUCCAAACAAGAUAAACAACUCGCACCAUCGCGCCCCAAUUCAUUUCGCCACGGAGUCCUCUCAUCAUGACGUCAUCCUGGCCCUCCUCGAGGACCCAAGGACCAAUCCAAAUUUGGAGGCAAGCCGGGAAACUGCCCUUCACUUCGCUGUGAAAAACAAUGAUAUCAAGUGUGCCAAGGUCCUCCUGGAGAACAAUUCCAGUCCAAACGUUCCAAAUUCCAGAGGCAUCACCCCCCUGCACUCAGCAGCAAAUGCCUCCAAUCGAGAUAUGGUAGACCUCAUUAUGACCCAGUCGAGACUCUCCCCAGACAUCGAUACAUUCCGAGACUUCCGGAAGAGAACGGCCCGAGAGAUUAUCACCGAUAAAUUUCCAGAGCUGUCGCUCCCUCCCCCAGGGGACAAACCCGUGGACUUCAACACGUUGAGAUUUUACCUCGACGCCAACGACGAGGCGCACUUCCUGGAGAAUCUGAAGACUUUCGAGGAGUAUGGGGCCCCGAGACUGGACGGUGAGGACAAGCUCAUCGUUAUAGCAGCCGAGAGGAAUCUGAAAGCAGCUGUGACCGAACUCCUGCGACGAAGAGAACACGGAAGUAUUCCGAGAGCAGCUCUGGAGGUGGUGGUGAGGAGAGCACACCACGAGCUCCUCCGGGAAUUCCUGAAAACGGGCGUCAAAAUCGAGAACGAAGUCCUGAUGAUUGCAUGUCAGGAGUUGGGAGUUCCCUGUAGAUUCGGUGUAGAGCAACACUCGAGGAUAAAAUGCCUGAAGCUGCUGCUGGAGCAUCCGGACGUGCAAGUCCGAAUAGAAGAUGAAAAAGGGAAUUGUCCGUUGCACUAUGCAGCCAGGGCAGAGGAUGCUGAGGCAGUGGAUCUUCUACUCAAGGCCGGCAGUUAUCUUGGGCACACAAAUGCUUUCGGUGUGCCUCCCAUCGCCCACAUCUCUCCGAAAAUCCUGGAGGACCACCUGGACUCCUGUUUGAAGAGCAGAAGUGAUAAAACGGACGACUACGAGAUCGAAUUCGACUACAAGUGCUUGAUGCCGCACACGGUGGAUAGUCCCCCGGAAGAAACACGCCAGACCCUCCUCCCGAAACACUCCCGAGCCCAGAGGAAGGCCACUCACUCCCCGGAGAUGGAGAUACUGUUGUAUCUCUCCAAGAGUUCGACGUUGAAGCACUUGCUGAAGCACCCCGUCAUCUCCUCCUUCCUCCACCUCAAAUGGCACAAAAUACGUCAUAUCCUCUACGUUAACUUCGCAUUCUACGUUUUCUUCUACAUCUUCAUCAACUGCUAUAUUCUCCUGUUAAACUACAACCCAGCAAACCUGGAGGCCACGAUUGAGAACACGAACGGAUCGAAGUCGUCAGUCCGGACGAUCCUGACUAGCCGGGGCCAACAGGACGGCCUCUGGAGCCUCACAGCCGUUUUCCUUGUGGGUCUCACAAUCCGAGAAGUCCUACAAUUCCUCUCCUCCCCCAGGCACUAUGUAAUGAGUUCCGAGAACUGUUUGGAGAUGAUUUUGAUAGUCCUCGCAGCGGCGGUACUCUCCGGGGCGGGUAGACAGGUCGGGGCACUGGUCAUUCUCCUCUCUGCCUGGGAACUCGUGAUUCUCAUUGGACAACACCCCAAGAUGUCCACUGGCAUUGAGAUGUUCAAGACUGUCACUUGGAAUUUUAUCAAGUUCUUGUUUCUGUAUGCCUUUUUGAUUUUAGCUUUUGCACUGGCGUUUGUCACUCUCUUCAAGGACAUUGGGGAUGAUAAUUUCUCGGACCCUGGGCAUGCCCUCUUCAAGACUAUUAUCAUGCUGACGGGGGAGUUCGACGCCUCAGAUAUUCCAUUCGUAUCGAGACCUGGAUUGAGUCAUGCCAUUUUUAUUCUCUUCGUUUUUCUCAUCGCUAUUGUUCUGUUCAAUCUUCUGAAUGGACUAGCUGUGAGUGACACUGCUGAUAUCCUAGGGAAGGCUGAGCUUGUGGGCCUCAUCUCCAGGACUCAACUCGUUGCAUAUGCUGAGGGGGUGGCUGUGGGCACCAGAUUGAGGUCCAGCAAGUCCUGCUUUUCCUGUCCGAGAAAGGGGAUGGAUAUCUUGGGAUUCGUCAGCAGGAGGAUUCUCUUGUUCCCGAGGUGUCUCAUGCAGGGGAAACUCGGCGUUAAACCUUACAAAGGAAAUGAGAUCAGGUUUCAGGGGGUCGAGGCUAAGAGGAGCUGCAGGGACUUGACGAUGGAUUCACUGAUUGUUAACAGGGCUAGGGAUAUUCUCAGGAGUAGGAGUAAAGUCAGUGAGUAUCAGACGGUGAUGCAGGAAUUGGCGGAUAUCAGGAGCUGUCUGCUGAGGAUGGAAAGAAAAUUAAUGGGAGAAUUGAAGGGUGACGACGUGGGGGCUGUUCCAGAGGAUGAUGGAAAUUGAAUCCAUCGAAU